GAGAACGGACAUCCAUGAGCAGAACGGAACAUGUAACUUGUUCGUUUACGAAUAAUUGGGCAAGGUACGAGACUAUAGGCCUGUAUAUUUAUAUAGGCCAAAAGCCGUGCAGAUAAAUUCUCAACACUUUAAACCCCUUAUUAUUCCCCUCGUGGAUGUAGGCUGACGAGUACUGUUGCAUACCUGGUUAACACAAGGUCGAUGUAUGCCCGGCUUAAGGGAGGCUUGUAUAUACUCAAACGCUGUGACCGCCUAACCACCCACAUUAAAGGAUCACGGCCUAGAUCCUUGGCUACUUGGAGAAAAGUGCAUUGCACAGCACGGUAUAUUUCAAACAUGACUUCCAAUACUGAUGCUUCUCAGACCGGAAGUGUCGCCCCAAAGGCUGGUGUGUUGGAAAAAGUCGACACGUUAGAAUCUUGGUUGGAGAGAUGGGAACAGCGAGAUAUAGGAUUUCACAUGGAGAACGUCAAUAAGUCACUGGAAAAACAUAUCGACAGAUUGUUGAAGGGCCGUCAAAAUCUGCGACUUUUCAUUCCGUUAUGUGGGAAGACGGUAGAUAUUAAAUGGCUUGCCGACCAAGGCCAUACCGUUGUUGGAGUUGAAAUUUCCGAACAAGCCAUUAACGAGUUCUUCUCAGAACAGAAGCUUGAGUUCACAAAAAAGGCCGUUCAGGGAUUUGAUGGACCCCUCUAUAAGAGUAGUGAUGAGAAAAUAAGGUUGUACUGUGGGGACCUUUACCAUUUUAACAGAGACCUUGAAGGACAAUUUGAUGGUAUUUGGGACAGAGGUUCUCUUGUAGCUAUCAACAGGGAUGACCGAAAAAAAUAUAGUGAGUUGCUACUGUCGCUGAUGAACCCAGACUGCGUUUACUUGCUGGAUACUUUUACUUACGACCAGUCCAAAUACGAAGGCCCACCUCACUCCACAACUCUUGACGAGGUACAACAACUGUAUGGGUCAGUGUGCACUGUGGAAGAAAUUGACAGCUUUGACGCUUUGGAACAAAGACAUCGUGAUAGUUGGGGAUUAGACCGGUUGACAGAAAACGUGAUCGUGAUGAAUUGGAAACAAUGAUGUGGCAGGGGGAGUCGGGGAGAAAAUUGAAAGUGGGUGGCAAUUCAAAAGUCUAUCCGAGCACACUAUGCGAUUGUCCAGGGGCCCGGCCUUGACCUUAGAGUUUUCAGCAAUACAAAUUUAAUUGGUGUCCCGAAACAUACAUAUCCGGUAUGAACCGUUUAAUGCACAAAAACUUUAAAAGAUUAUAGAAGAUAGCCCACCAAAUCUAAAAGGCUGUGUAAAAGAGCCUUAUUUGAUCGACAGAAAAAAAAGAAUUUCAAAAGUCUUAAAAUAAUUUCUAAUACUUUCUUACUUCACGUUAUUUAUGAAAAUCAAAGAGAACCUAGCUCUAAUUGUAUAGUGCCCAAAGUUAUGUAUUUUGCCAGACGCAGUUAUAAAUAAAUAAGAAUCAAUCCCGUAUGCAUUUAAUCCGUUUGAUUAAAAAAUAAGGAUUUUUAUCUAGUCUUUGUUCUUUUUAGAACAAUAUAUAUGCAAGAUCUGAAAUUUUCCACCAAUUGUAAAGUGGGGGUGCUCUGCACAUACCCCUUCCCCCACAAUACAUCCGAGACGUAGUUACAGAUAAAUAAGAAUCAAUCUCGUAUGCACUUAAUCUGUUUGAUUAAAAAAUAAGGAUUUUUAUCUAGUCUUUGUUCAUUUUAGAACAAUAUAUGUGCAAGAUCUGAAAUUUUUCUCCAAUUGUAAAGUGGGGGUGCUCAACACAUACCCCUCCCCCCCACAACACAUCCGAGACGUAGUUACAGAUAAAUAAGAAUCAAUCUCGUAUGCACUUAAUCUGUUUGAUUAAAAAAUAAGGAUUUUUAUCUAGUCUUUGUUCAUUUUAGAACAAUAUA